AUGGAAAAACGUAAACGUAAAGAGCUGACUUUGCAAGAAAAAGUCAAAUUGAUUGGUGAAAGUAAUGGCAAAGUCCAGACAAUUCUGAAACGUAAGGCUGAGAUUAUGGAAGGGUUUGAAAACAAUGCGGGAAAUGACAGAAAAAGACUUUGUAAACGUUCACCCGUGGAAGAAGUGAACAUCUUAAUGUGGGAAUGGUUCCAAAAUGUAAUAAAACAAGGUGUUCGUGUCAGUGGACCCAUGCUACAAGAAAAAGCACUGAUAUACGCAAAGGAGCUCGGGAUAUCCGAAGACGAUUUCAAAGCUUCAAAGGGAUGGCUUAAUCGAUUCCGUGAUAGACACAAUAUUUCGUUUCAAACUGGUUGUGGCGAAAGCGGUAGUGUUAGCUCUGAAACCAUUGAACAGUGGAAAAGUAAGUUGCCUGACAUUGUGAAGGAUUAUGAUAAGCGUGACAUAUACAACAUGGAUGAAACAGGACUGUAUUUUAGGGCACUAUCCGACAAAACUCUGUGUGUUCGUGGUGAUGAAUUCAAAGGAGGUAAACGUUCAAAGGAUAGGUUGACAGUAAUGUUGUGUACAAAUAUGAAUGGUGACUUUGAAAAGCCAUUAGUUAUUGGCAAAGCUAGAGUGCCACGUUGUUUCAGAAACCUGCAAGUGAGUGAUCUGCCAGUUACAUGGAAGUGGAAUAAAAAAAGCCUGGAUGACUUCCGAAAUAUUCACAGAGUGAAUUAA